GCCGAGUCCUCUUUCUGUCUUGUGGCUCACUUUCUCUCGAUCUCAUCUCCUGAUCUUCUCUUUCAACUCUGCUCAACAUCAUGGGAAACUUUGCUGCAAAUGAAGGACUAUCCGUUUUUGUUAUCCUGGUAUGGCUCGGGAUCAAUGUGUUUCUCUUUGUAUAUUUUUACAUGGCCUUUUUGAUUGACAAAUACUACUAUACUAGAGUCAUUCUUGGGCAUGCUCUCUCGUGGGCCAGAGCUCCAGCUGCAUGUCUCAACUUUAACUGCAUGUUGAUCCUGCUGCCGGUCUGCAGAAAUCUGCUCUCGUUUCUCCGAGGAUCUAUACAGUGCUGCAGCCGCACUGCAGCUCGACAGCUUGACAGAAACAUCACUUUCCACAAAUUGGUGGCCUACAUGAUUGCCUUCCACACAGCCGUCCACAUCAUAGCCCACCUGUUUAACUUUGAGAGAUUCAUGGACUCUCAGCUGAUGAUCAACAGCAGUCACCUGCCGUAUGUGCUCUCUCAGAUUGGCAACAAUGACAACAGAUCCUACCUGAACCCCAUCAGGAGCAAUGACACGAACCCGACCAUAGUGAUGUUUACGACAGUAGCAGGAUUGACGGGUGUCGUGAUCACCCUCGCCCUCAUCCUCAUCAUCACCUCCUCCAUGGAGGUCAUCCGAAGGUCCUACUUUGAGGUCUUCUGGUUCACGCAUCACCUGUUUAUCGUCUUUUUCAUUGGAUUGGUGCUUCAUGGAAUCGGGCGUAUUGUUCGAGGCCAGACUGAUGCAGAUCUACACGUUCAUGACCCAACUAUAUGUCACAGCAAGUUUGAGAAGUGGGGCCAAAAUGGCACCGACUGCCCAGUACCCAUCUUUGCAGGAAACCCACCAAAGACAUGGAAGUGGGUGGUUGGCCCCAUGUUCCUGUAUGUCUGUGAGAGACUGGUGCGCUUCUACCGCUCGCAGCAAAAAGUGGUCAUUACUAAGGUUGUAACGCACCCUUCCAAAACCCUUGAGCUGCAGAUGAAGAAGAAAGGCUUUAAGAUGGAGGUGGGCCAAUAUAUUUUCAUGAUGUGCCCGUCGAUCUCUCAGUUAGAAUGGCAUCCCUUCACCCUCACCUCUGCCCCGGAGGAAGACCACUUCAGCGUGCACAUCCGAAUCGUAGGGGACUGGACGCAGGCACUUUACUCUGCCUGUGGAGGGGAUAAGACUGCGGUGCUGGAUGCUUGGACACUACCAAAGAUGGCAGUGGACGGGCCGUUUGGGACAGCCAGUGAAGAUGUCUUUCGUUAUGAAGCGGUGAUGCUGGUUGGUGCUGGUAUUGGUGUGACGCCCUUUGCUUCUGUUCUGAAGUCUGUCUGGUAUAAACACGUCCAGGAGAACCAAAACGUCUUCACUAAAAAGAUCUAUUUCUAUUGGCUGUGUCCGGAGACUCAGGCUUUUGAAUGGUUCGCUGACCUGCUGCAGAGUUUGGAAAAGCAAAUGUCUGACAAAAACAUGAGUGAUUUCCUCAGUUACAACAUCUAUCUAACACGCUGGAAAGAUGCUGAGGCAGCUCAUCUCAGAGUUCAAUAUGAAGCGGAGGACGAUCCUAUCACUGGGCUUAAGCAGAAAACUCGCUAUGGAAAACCCAACUGGGACAAUGAGUUCAGUCUCAUUGCAUCCCAACACCCUGGUACAAAAGUAGGUGUAUUUCUGUGUGGUCCUACUGCACUGGGAAAAGCUCUGAGCAAGCAGUGCCUUUCACACACUGAGGGCGGAACUGAGUUUAUUUUCAACAAGGAAAACUUCUGAUGUGCUGCAAGAAACAUCCACUGUUUGGACAAAUCAUGUUUGUGAUAAAAUAUGGGGAACAUUGUUUUAUUUUGUUGGUUUGUUCUCUAACAACUAUAUCUAUGCAGUGCUGGAUAUAAAACUGACGAUAUAAGAGAAAUUUUAUUGGCUGUAAACCUUGACACCGGUUUCCGUCCCAUGCCUAGUCUGGAUUACGCAAACAGAUUUCAAAGAUGAAGUAUUUAUAAUUUAAAGUUAGAAAUCAGAUUACAAUCACUUUUUAUGGAUUACAUGAUUAAAUAAUAUAAUCCUAAAGGUAAUUUCAAUACCAUUUUAAGACUUUCUAAAGACCUUCUCAGAAUAUUUUAAGAGCUCAUCUCCACUUGAAGUUCUAAUCAGUAUCAAACCUUUAACUUAAACAUUUGUUAAUAAACAGUUGUAGUUAAAUAAAUCAAUGGAGCACAACCAUGCAACAGAACUCAGAUAAGCUCAGAAGAAACAAAGCUUGAAGGAAUAAAUUACGUGGUUGUUUUCAGCAUUAGGCUUCAGCCACUGUUUAAACUUGUCUUUCUUCAACCAGGCGUACACAUUUUCCCAUUUUGCCGUCCGUUUCUCUACACUCGGAGUGCAUCACAUCACCUUCCCACGUUUGGGACCAGGGGCAGCCAAGCUGGAGCAUAUACUCUGGUCCGGUGGAGCUUGGCCAGACACGCCCAGCCCAAACCAAUCGCAUGGAUCGAGGAAAACGAUAUAUUUAUGCUUUUUUGGAGUCAAACACUUUGGACAACGCUUAAACAAAAUUUAUAUUUAUGACGAAUAUAAAAAUGCUCACAUAUAUAGUACAUGAAUGUCACAGCCAUAUCAGCCCAAGACCGCUUACUCACCGAAGCUAAACAGGGCUGAACCUGGUCAUUACCUGGAUGGGAGACCACAUGGGAAAACUAGGUUGCUGUUGGAAGUGGUGUUAGUGAGGCCAGCAGGGGGCGCUCAACCUGUGUUAUGUGUGAGUCCUAAUGCCUCAGUAUAGUGAAGGGGACACAAUAAACCUAUUUAACACAUUAAACCGAGGUCGUGAUUCUCUGUGGUCAUUGUAAAUCCCAUGGCACUUCUCACAUUAUUUAGAUUAGGGGUGUAACCCCAAUGUCCUGGCCAAGUUCACUCCAUUGGCCCUUACCCAUCAUUGCCUCCCAAUAAAUAUAUUUAUGCCGUUUUGGAGUCAAACACUUUGGACAACGCUUGAACAAAAUUUAAAACAUCGUAAAGACUUUUAAAAUACAUUUAAGGACCUUGAUUUUGUCAUAUUUGGUUUAUCGACUUUUAAAACUUUUAAGAACCCACGGAAACCCACCCAUUUCAAACCUAGAGGAUCUUGGCUGUGUAAUGUCAGUGCUGUUUUAACAAAUAUUAAUAUUUUUGUAUUUUAGGGAUUUCCAAACUUCACUCAAAGUAUUUUUUGCUGCUUGUUUAAACUACUUAUGAAUUUACACAAAUCUUGCGGUCUUUGUUUUAUGUUCAAUCCACUUAAAUUUGUAAAAAUGUAUUUAACUUAUCGAUUUGUGUUGAGACAAUAUAACGGAACUGUGUGGAAAUCAACAUUUUUUGUUUGUUUUGAGUAUGUCCAGUUUUUGUUGGAUAAUUUAAUCCAAUUAUGUGAAGCCCUUCCCCCAUCCACUGUUUUAACUAAUAUUUCAAUAGUGUAAUACACAUUUUGCAAAUAAACAAUUACAUCAGCCCUA